CAUAAAACCCUGCACUGUGGGGAGUGUUCAGCAGAUCCACAAGUGAGACUAUCACUGAAUUCUUCAUUACCAGCAGAUACAUUAUCUCACGGCAAUCAUGAUAAUGAUGAAACUCUGGACCCUCCUUCUUGCCUAUGCGCUGAUCAUUUGUCAGAUGUACGUCUCACAGGCAGCUCCAUCCAGAACUAGUAAGGAGUUAAUGUCAGAUGGAGUCCCAUUAUCGAAUGAUGAUGGCCAGAAGUUACUCCGAGCUAUCAAGGAAUUCUUGCAAAUAACUUCAGAUGACCAAGAUCACCAAUCACCUGACGGAAACAGUAAUGCAACAGCACAGAAGCGGGGAUGCAACACGUCCACCUGUGUGACCCACCGCUUGGCUGACUUCCUGAGUCGGACAGGAGGACUGGGACACAGCAAAUUCGUUCCCACCAACGUGGGGGCCAUGGCGUUUGGCAGACGAAAGCGGCUCGGCCCUGUGUGAGCACAAGAGCAGACACAUGGACGAAGUGCCUGCUUUAAGGGAGCAACAACUGCAUCAUCAUCUACC